AUGCGGGUGUGCGUCACGCUCAAGAUGAAGGGCGUGGCGUAUGAGUUCCUGCAGGAGGAGCCGGGCAAGAAGAGCCAGCUGCUCCUCGCGUCCAACCCCGUGCACAAGCAGAUCCCCGUGCUCCUCCAUGGCGGGAGGCCGGUCUGCGAGUUGCUCGUCAUCUUGCAGUACAUCGACAAGGCCUUCGCCAGCGCCAGGUCAUGGUUCCUCCCCGCCGACCCUACGACCACGCCGUCCACCGCUUCUGGCUGA